UCAACAAGCUCAUCACCAUGAAGUGCUCUUACACAAAGCCAGCGUUGCUUGCAAUGGUUUUUAUGGUGACAAUGGUGGCCACGGCUUUUGGACAGGGAACUCGAGUCGGGUUCUAUUCUAAAUCGUGCCGUCAAGCCGAGUCCAUCGUUAAGUCGACCGUGGAAUCCCAUUUCCGUACCAAUCCCGCCAUCGCGCCGGGCUUGUUGAGGAUGCACUUCCAUGACUGCUUCGUCAACGGCUGUGACGGGUCGGUUCUCAUCGACGGUCCCGAUACGGAGAGAAGAGCCCCUCAGAACAGCUUACUGAGAGGCUUUGAAGUCAUUGACGACGCCAAAAGAAAGCUCGAAGCCGUUUGCCCCGGCGUCGUAUCGUGCGCUGAUGUUCUAUCUCUCGCUGCUCGUGACUCCGUCGUCUUGACAAAAGGAAUAAAUUGGAAGGUGCCCACGGGACGUAAAGAUGGAAGGGUUUCGUUGCAAUCGGAUGCCUCCAGCUUGCCUAGCUUUAGGAGCUCCAUCGACUCCCAAAAGCAACAAUUUGCUCGCUUUGGUCUCGACACUAAAGAUCUUGUCGUCCUUGUUGGAGGACACACCGUAGGGACAGCAGCUUGCUUGGUAUUUAGCUACAGACUAAAUAACUUCACCAAUGGUGGUCCAGACACGACAAUCAACUCAUCAUUCCUCCCUCAGCUGCAAGCACUUUGCCCGCAAAACGGAAACAACUUCCGGCGUGUGGAUUUGGACACCGGUAGUGCCAACAAGUUCGACACAUCCUUCUUCACCAACUUGAAGAACGGCCGAGGCGUGCUCGAGUCGGACCAGAAGUUGUGGACCGAUCCAUCGACGAGGACCAUCAUCCAGCAGUUAUUGGGCGAGAAAGGCCUCAAGAGAUUGAACUUUAACAAGGAAUUCGCUAGGUCGAUGGUGAAGAUGAGUAAUAUAGGUGUGAAGACGGGUAGUAAUGGUGAAAUUCGAAGGGUUUGCUCCGCAAUUAACUAAUUUCUUUUGGCAUUAAGAGCUUUUCCUAAUAAGUUAAUGAAAUCAUUUUGUAAUGUCUUGAUUUCAAUGAUUUCAAGUUGUGG